AUCUGUACUAGUUGUGCCGUAUUUAUUUUUCGUUUUUUAUAGAAGCGAAUCGAUUUUUUUGGUCGGCAACCUGUCGCCCGUCAGGACGUCAUUGCGAGGUAAUCCUAAUAUUAGGAUCAUAGGUAGGCCCGUCCCGUCGUAGUGUCGCCCACGAAUGUCCAAGCGCCGGCGGCGGUGCCGCGGUAGGGGAACGAACAAACGAACAAUCAAUCUGUGAGCAGCGACGACAGAUUUGACGAAUGACAAGGAAAAAAAAAAUAAGCAAAACGACGUUGUCGAUAACGAACAAUAGCCGAUAAGCGGCGACAGCCGACAAGUGGCAAUCAGACAUCAGCUGCUGCUGCGGUCGGAACGCGCGCGCGGUCUCCGUCGGAACGUUAUCUGCUCGUUUCGCAGUAUGAGUAGAAGAGAGGAAAAAAAAUAACGACGACGGAACAAAACAAAAACAAUGCACCGCCGUCCGCCGCCGCCGCCGCCGCUGCCUGUUACUCAAGGGCGCAUUUGAUAACAAUGCGAAAUCGUCUGCGUUUCUCUCGCACGGUUCCGUCGUCGGCGAAUCACACGGUGCCAGUCGGAGAAUCGUUUGCCGCUGUCCAGACACACGACAGUCGCCACCGACGGCCAUCGCGAGGUGCAAACUGAAGUGCCCGAGAGGACCGCCGCACCGGAGACGGACACGCGCGCGCGUGUGUUACCGGUUGCCGCCGCAGCGACAGCGACAGAAACGACGGCAACAGCACCGACAGCAGCAACAGACUCACGGCGCUCGUGUGGUGGUCGCGAACUCCACCGCCGCCACACCCGUCCGACCGUGUGAUAUCCGGUCGCACGUCGUUCGUACAACUUGACCUGACCCACUCGCGGUGUUGUACGGCACGCGCGUCCACUGCGCACGACGUCCGAUCGCCACUCGUACCGUUCGCACGGAACCGUUUGUGGACCACGUCCAUCUAUUUGACGUCCAUCGGUCCACAAGCCGACAGGGAAACGCACUGCCAAAACACAAGGAAUAUGCCUUCGGUAUGGGAUCCAAAGACCACUGUCAAUGGCCAAAAAAUGAAUCCAAUGUCCAGAUAUCACCAGGUCGCCAAUUGCGCUCACAUGUUUUUCAAUUAUGUCCAAAUUGUAAUCAACCAAUUCAAUGUAAGACUGGGCAGCAAAAUGUUUGUGUGUGUUUGUCUUCAACCCCAACUACAUCCAGUGAUCCUUCUUUUGCUAACCAAUCAAAAAAAAGAAACAGAAAAUCUUUGCAAUUACCAGCCACGUGUAAACGUCAGCUGUUUGAUUUAUGUUACGAACAGCCCGAAAGUACGGUGAGUGUAACCGAUUCCCAAAAAUCAACAGUGGCGGCUGAGAGCACUGAAAGUGGCGAGAGCUCAAGUACUUCUGUACAACAGUCACAACAACAACAGCAACUGGGAGCCAAUCAGAUGUUGAGAGGUCGACACAUAUGUCAAGUCUGUUUUAAGUCGUUUACAAGUCCAUGUAAAUUGACACAACAUUCUUAUUCACAUACUGGUGAAAAACCAUUUGUGUGCAAACACUGUUCAAAAGCAUUUUCAUCAAAAUUCAAACUAGUUCGUCAUGUAUUAAUACAUUCUGACCAACGUCAAUAUCAUUGUACAAUUUGUGAUCGAACUUUUCACAGGAAAGACCAUUUAAAAAAUCAUGCCAAAGUACAUAAUCCCAUUAAACGGACUUUACAAUGUGAUCGCCCUGGUUGCUCAAAAGAGUACAGUUCAGUGCUUAGUUAUCGUAAACACAUAGCUGUACAUUCUGUAGAAGAAGGAUUCCUUGACUGUAAGAUUUGUAGUAAAGUAUUUGAAUCUAAAGAUGAGCUCAUGUACCAUUUGAAAAUACAUUCAGGAUCACGAGUAAUAAAGACUCCAGCUGAUAAAAAAUAUCGAUGCAACUUUUGCGACCGUAGUUUUUACACUGGUAAAGAUGUUCGGCGACAUAUGGUUGUGCAUACUGGUCUGCGAGAUUUCCUAUGUCAAUUUUGCCCCCAAAGAUUUGGUCGCAAAGAUCAUCUUACUCGGCAUAUAAAAAAGAGUCAUAAUAUAAAUGCGAGUAAGAAAUCCAAACCAAAAAAACCAACUGAACUGUAUAAAAGUAAAUCAGUUGAAGCUAUUUAUCUUGAAACAUGUGGUCAGCCAUAUAAAUUAGAAAGGAAAGUAGCAGAAACAGUAACUAGUGGAGAUUUCAUAAAACAAGAGAAUUCAUCUACAAUGUCAGGAAUAGAAAUGUUCCAUUCUUCUAAUAUAACUAGUUUUAAUUAUAGUGAAAAUAGUAAUGAGACAGUUAUUCAAACUGUUGGAUCAUCCAGUGAAGUAAAUUUACCAGUUUUAAGCUAUGAACCUCAGCCGUCAUAUCCAGUUGAUGAACUAAAAGUAUUUGAUACAACCUUGACCAACCAGCUAGCCGAUAAUUACGAAGAAUCAACCAACCCUGAAAUGCCUGGAUUAUCUCAAUUAAUUACUAUGAUACCAUCUUCAACCCUAACUAAUAUCGAGCCUAAUCUUUCAGUACUAACAAGUCACGAACCAACUAUUUUGCCUACUCAACAUGUAGUUGGGCAUGAACCAACACAACUUCAAGUUGGUGAAUACCUAACGUCUUCAUCAGAAAUAUUGUCUGCUCUUUUACGACAAACUUCUGAAACAGGUACUACACCAUUGCCAGGGUUCAAUCAAGUUUUUCAUCAACAACAGUAAUAGUUCCAUUAAAAAAACAUUAUGUGUAUAAUAUAUAUAUAUAUACAUAUUUUAAUAUUUAUCUAGUCAGUCAUCCAUAGUAGUUCAUUUACCUUUUCAGAUUAUAUAUUUAUUUUAGGUAUAAAAACCUUAUUAAAGAUUAAUUAUUUUUGACUUAAUAUAAAAAAUUACUAUUGCGCUUUACUGACUUACUACAGUAAAAUAAUAUAUUUAUAUAUAUUUUUUUUUACAUUUAUAUUAUAUAUUAUUACACUAUAUAUAUAAUAUUCCUUCAUGUCAGACAUUUUUGUAGAUUAAAUAAUACCACUUGUCAUUUGUUAUUACUGUUACACCCAAUACGUAGUGCAAAGUCAAAAAAUAUAUAUUAUAUAUAAUCUAGUCUUCAAACAAUGCAUACUAUGUUAGCGUUAUGUUUCAAUAGUUUCAGCGUGUUAUAUUUUUUCAAAGAAUUGUUAAAAUUAUUUUAUUACAUUUCUAUCUAUCUCUAUAUAUAUAUAUGAAUAUUUAAAUGGUUUGUUAAAUAAUUUUAUGUUUUAUUUAUCUUUAGUCUAUGAUGUUUAUUAUAAAUUACGAAUAUAAGAUUAAGAUUGCCGUUGUCAAUAUUAUACCAAACCAUCUUCUGAAAAAGAAUGGCCCGGCCAAUAAACCAUUUUAGUUUUUUAAAUAUCGCUUUUAUGGGCAUGUUAUUAUUAUUUAUUUAAAUUUUUUUGGGUUAAUAAUAUUAAAAAGGAAAUACUUUAUUUUUGUUUUCAAAUCAUAAAUUUGAUUUUAUAUUUUGUAUGUAUGUUAUAAUGGGGACCAAAACCAGUACUCAUAAGUUCCUAGUGCUACACAUCUAAUUGUUGUAAAUAACAUAUAAAUAGUAGUGGUAUAAUUGUAUGUUAUUGCACAAUGCUAAAAUAAACUUGUUACAACAAUAA